AUGUCAUCCAAUAAAGACUCUGAACGUGGACAACCCUCCAAAGCCUCUGAUGAGGGCGAAUCAGGCAUGUCUGCAACAACUGCUGCCCUGAUCCUCGGCGCAGGAAUCUUGACGACUGCAGGCACAAUCACAAUGGCUCAUAGAAGCUUGACAAAUUCUGAGGUCAACAGGGCUUACGCAUUAGGGCUGCAACAUGGUCAGCAAAGGUGCUCUGAGCCAUCUACAACCACCAUUAGAGUCGCCCAAGAGUCCGCGACGACGACUGCCAAUGUCGCCUCCUGGGAUAAGCCAGUAUCGUCAGAGGAGGGAGCGCAAGAAGUAUAUGUCGAAAUGAACUCGCAAGUUAGUGAAGAUCAAAUCCCAUCGAAAUACCGCAGAUCUGAGAUCUAG